AUGUCCCCCGCCUCAAUCCAAAAUGAGCAAGACAGCGACUCCGACUCAGAUGUCGAGUUCGAGGAUGUCCCAAUUUCCCUGCCAACCAGAUCCAGAAACAUGGAAGAUACAGAAAUCGCGAUAACUAUCCCCUCAGCCCCGCAACCACAAUGGACUCCAACUCUAUCACUUCCGCAACAGCGAAGUCACCCCAUCCCCUCGGGCUCCGAGGAAGAAAUCCAGCUCCGAGGCCAAAUCAGCACCGGCAUAGAGAGAGUCACGUACCGUAAAAUGAAAUCCGACAUGGGCAUGGACGCACCGGGUACACCCGCUUCGGCACGCAGAUACGAGAGCUUCAAAGAGCUUGCUGCGGAUGUGGAGGGUCUUAUUGAUACGCUUUGGGUGUCGGCAACACCGGCAAUCCAAACCGAAUCCCUUAUAACCCUAGCAGGCCUAACCCAAACCUCCCUCCCAUCCUUCCCCUUCGAAGCCCCACCAACCCUAAACAUCCUCCACAAGCUCGACUCCAUUUUCGCCGCACUGUGUACAAGCACACACCCACUCACCGGCGCCGUUCUACCAGGCGCACAGCCGGGCCAGUCUCUCGUGACGGAGACGCAAAAAGUGCGGAUCCGAAGUUUGGCGGAGAGGACUAGAUAUCAAGUUUUUUCUUGUUUGGCGAAGUCGAACAAGAGUGUUAAUGCUGCUGCUACUGUUAGUGCUAAUGGAUAUGGAUAUGGGGAUGGGGAUGACGAGGACGAGGAUAGUGGUGAUGAGGUUGAUGAGCCGUGGAUGUUGGAGGCUGCGCGGGUUUAUGAGAAGAGUCUUAUGUUGGUUGCGGAGCAGGAUCCGGAGGAUGAGGCUGGGAUGGAUGAGUUUAAUUGUUUAUAA